UUUAUAUUGUUGGAAAUUGGUAAGAUGAAAUGCAAGUUGUGUAGUUUUAACAGUAUUCUUAUCUUUUUUAGUUGCUUAUUUUAGCAUUUAUACAAGACUUUUAAAUCUGAAAUAUGGACAAAUUUUUGAAAAGAAAGACUGAAAGUGAGGUUAAUGUUGGGGCGAGUACAAGCAGGUCUUCUUCAAUUGAAGGAGAUAUGCAAGGCAACAAAAAUGCCGAAAAUAAACGUAAAAAGAUAUCCGAAUCAGUUCGGCAUUAUUCGGAAGAAUAUCUGAAGUUUGGUUUUACAUGGAGCGGUAGUCAAGAUGUUCCUAUUCCGAGAUGUAUUGUAUGUGGUGAAAAAUUGGCUAACAGUGCAAUGGUCCCAGCUAAGUUACAGCGACACCUUUCAACAAAACAUUCUUGUCUAACUUCGAAAGGUAAAGAUUAUUUCGAAAGAUUGCUGAAAAAUCAAGAAUUGCAAACAACAUGCUUUCGAAAGAGCGUUACAAUUUCGGAUAAAGCGCAAAUCGCUUCUUAUAAAGUGGCAGAACUAAUUGCAUUGAAGCAAAAGCCGCAUGAUAUCGCAGAAUCGCUAAUUUUGCCCGCAUGUUUAGAAAUUGUUAAGAUUAUGUUUGGCAAUGAAGCGCAGCGAGACGUCCUAAAAAUUCCCGUUUCGGACGAUACGAUAAAAAGAAGAAUUAUAGAUAUGUCAGGUUUUAUAGAGAACGCAGUGACGGCGAAAUUAAGUACAAAAAAUUUUGCGCUGCAAAUUGACGAAUCCACUGACAUAAGUGGCAAAGCCCAAUUAAUCGGAUUUAUUCGCUUUGUUGACGACACUGAAAUAAUAAAUCAGUUUUUAUUCUGCAAGGAACUUAUUGGUCACGCAACUGGAGAAGACAUAUUUAAUUCAGUAUCAUCUUAUUUGGAAGAAUGGAAAUUAUCCUGGGAAAAUUGCGCAGGAAUCUGUACUGAUGGAGCUCCAGCCAUGCGUGGCAGUAUUAAGGGAUUUUGUAGUCGAGUUAAAGCAAUAAAUUCAAAUAUAGUCUCUACUCACUGCUUUCUGCACAGGGAAUCUUUGAUUUCGAAGAGUCUACCAGCAAACUUAAAGUCUGUUUUGGAACAAGUCGUACAUAUGGUGAAUUAUAUUAAAUCGAGACCAUUAAAAACCCGUAUGUUCAAACAACUUUGUAACACCAUGGAAUCCAAAUAUGAAUGUUUGCUUUUGCACUCUGAAGUGAGGUGGCUCUCAAGAGGAAAAGUGCUAACCCGAGUUCAUGAGUUGAAACAGGAAUUGCUAGUUUUUUUUAGACAAGAGGGUAAUGAUGUAUACGUAAAAUAUUUGGAAAAUGAUGCAUGGUGUACUAAGCUAGCAUAUUUAGCCGAUAUCUUCAGCUACUUAAAUUCAGUCAAUACAUCUCUUCAAGGAAUAAAUGAAAAUAUUCUGACAUCCACAGACAAAUUGCUAGCUUUCCAGAAAAAGCUUUUGCUUUGGAAAAAUCGUAUUGCUCAAAAUCGCAAAUUUGAUAUGUUUCCGUUAUUAGCAACGGAAAAUAUUGUUAACAUUAACGAAAUGAUUUCAAAUGUGGCAGAGCAUUUGUCAAUAUUGCAAGACAAAAUAACUCAUUACUUUCCAUCUCUUAAUAUUGAAGACUUUGAUUGGGCGCGAAAUCCAUUUGGUGAAUUUGAUAUAAUGAACCAAGAUUUUUCUAUUCAGGAAGCAGAUGAGUUUAUUAAUAUAUCAACGGAUCGAACGUUACAACUAAAAUUCAAAGAAGAAGGAGUGGAAAGGUUUUGGAUUUCCAUCGAGAAUGAACAUCCAUUUAUUGCAAAACGAGCGUUGAAUAUCUUGUUGCUCUUUUCGACGUCCUAUCUGUGCGAACUUGGAUUUUCAACUCUAACAAAUAUUAAAAGCAAAAAAAGAGAAAGACUUACCAAUUUAGAAGAAGAAAUGAGAGUAGCGCUCUCUUACAUAAGACCCAACCUUGAGGAAAUUUGUAAAGGUCGUCAAGCGCAAAUUUCUCAUUAAAAUAAGUUACCAUGUAAUAUAUAUCUUUAUUUCAAUUAAAUAUUAAUCUUCCAAUUAUUUUGUGUGAUUUACAUUAGAUUUACAAAUUUUAUGAUAAUGGUGUUCCGCCAAAAUCGAGACCACUUAAAAGUGUUCCGUGAUCCCAAAAAGGUUGAGAGCCACUGAUCUAGGGACUACAAUGUCACUGUGUAUCCCGAAUUGAAAAAUUUGUAUCUCGGGCUACAAUUCGCCCAGAGACAAAACAAACUUGACUCACUUGAUCAAAUAGUCAAAUGCACCUUCACGAGGAUGUACCUUUUUAAUACUUGGUUAGCCAAGAAACCAGACAAAAAUUUGGAAAUAAUCCGUGAAAUCUUAGCCGAGUUGACCACUGCUGUACCCAAUAGAGAGAUUCAGGUUUCCAAUUUGAAAAACCGUGUCUCUUAUCUUUGUAGGAAGUUCAGUGAGUAUUGGAGGCAAACUUCUAGUUCUAGAUCAAAACUAGUAGUUAAGCACCAGGAAUGGCUUCACAUGACAGAAAUUUGUGAACUUCCGCUUGCCCAACCUAUUCUGCUAAAUGAUGUCGCAGAAAUCCAGCAGGUCCCUGAUGAUCAAGAGCCCUGGUCGUAGCGCAACCCGGUAACAAAGUACUUUUAUUUUACAUAGUUUUCUUAGAUCAUGUUAUCCAAAAGUACAGCAUAGUAUAAAACAAAUAUAAAGCCAUCACGGUAUAUGGGAUUGAUAUAAUAAGAUCAUGUGACACUUCCUAUCACAAAAUUCUGGAGGCAAAGAAAAAGUGCUAUCCUUCGGCUAAUCGGAUUCUUGAGUCAGAAAAAGACCUUUUGUCAACUCUUCCACUCCAAGGAGACUUAAUGUUAAUAAAAAAAUGGGGGUUUGACGGUAGUUCAGGGCAUAGUGAAUACAAGCAGAAGUUUUCUGAUGCAAAUACCAGCGAUGAAAACCUGUUUGUGACAUCCUAUGUUCCUCUCCAACUAGUUUGUCAAUCAGCAACUUUAGAUAAUGUUAUUGUGUGGAAGAAUCCUCCACCCGAUUUUGCAGAAUUAUGCGAUAUCAGUUUGUCAAGGAAACUAAAGAACUCUCUUUGCAAGAAGAAGUGCAUUUUGAAGACAAAAUUAAAAAUUUGAAUCCAAUAAUCUUUAAAUAUGGCGAUCGUGGAGAAAAGGUUCAACAUUCUGUACAAUUGACAAUGGUUGACAGUAAAGCAUGUUGCUCCUUAGUGGAAAGAUCGUCAAGUAGGUGUUACAUUUGCAAUGCUACACCUAAAGAAAUGAACGAUAUUGAGGUUUGUUUAAGCAAAACUGUAGAUACUGACAAUUUUAGUUUUGGUUUAUCUCCCCUUCACUCAUGGAUUAGGUUUUUUGAAUAUUUUAAGCUAGAUUUUAAAAAGUGGCAAGCUGGAUUGCAAAAUGAAAUUAAUAAAAAAUAAUAAUAAUUAUAGAUAAACCGAGAGGUGGAGGAAGGGGGACAUCAAACGAUGGUAAUACUGCGAGAAGAGUUUUUACAAGUUGUGAAGUUUUAGCUGAAAUAACUGGUCUGGAUAAAUAUUUUAUCAAGCGAUGUAUUGUUUUGCCGGCUUUGGGCUCUGGCUAUAAAAUUAAUUCUGCAAAAUAUCAGAAAUACGCUGUAGAAACAGCAAAAGAAUUUGUAAAAAAUUAUCCGUGAUAUCUGUGGUAAAGCUAUUGACAACGCACUUCUAUCGAUAGGUGAACUUUCGAAAGAAGCUGCAGAAUCUUCAAAUAAAAAUUUAAGUUAUUGAAAAUACAAGAAAAAUGUCUCGUGUUCUUACAAACACAGAUCUUCUUCAUCGAAUGCUUUUAAAUUCCGAAACUUUUAUUUCUAGGUUAAGAAAAUUACUUAAAAGCAUUAAGUCCAUUUUAUUGCCUGAAGUUUUUGAUUUAUUAAAAUUAGAAUAACAGUUAAAUCAAGCAACACGACAACUCAUUAUAAAAUGGUAAUCCGGUACCCCUCUUUUUAAUGAUAUAAAAGUUCUUUUUAUAAUGAAUUUUACUUUUGAAAUUAACAGCAAUAAAUGAUUAUUUGUAAUGAGUCUUUCAGUUUUAUUACAAGACUCAUUAUGAAAUUAUAUUUCUAUUUAUUUUCAAUUCGGGAGUAAUUAGCCAAAGGCAUAGCCAUAAUGAGCGUUCAGGAACAAUUUAUAGUGAUUCAUUAGACUUAAUUGUACCAUAUUAGUUUAGUUUUCACUUUUAUGUGUUUUAUUAAAAUAAUGUGAAGUUUUUUUUUAUUAAUAUUAAAAUCUAAAAAUAUGUAUUUGUCUUGGAAUAGUUGAAAUAUGCACAAAAAUGCCAUAUUUAAAAUAUCCCAUUAGCGCGAGAAUUUCAUGACCGCAUGUCACAUAAAACGGGACCACUGUGCAUUGAUGAAGAGGCCCCGUCAGGAAGGGAACGAUUUUAAGAAGAGAUUGUAUGUAUGUAUAGGGGCCUGUUCACAUCCAAAAUGUUUUGAAGGGAAUGACCAAUGUAUUGAAAUGUGUAAUUGUGCAGUUUACAUACGUAGUACAAAGAUAACUUUUAACUGUGGUCGCCAAAUGACAUUCAGAAGAUAGCUUAUUUCGGUCUAAAUUUCUUCUAUCUAAUCAGGAAUUUAUACAAAUUAGGAAAAUUGUGUAACUUUAACUAAUUUUGUAACUAGCCAAAAUCCCAACAUCUAAAAUCCAAAGAAAAGGUCGCAAUUAUUACAAAAUAAGGCAUAAACAUAACGUAAUGGGACAAAAAUUAAUUAAAAUUUUCAAAGAUGUUGUUAGGCAGAUACUUUGCCUGAGCAAAAAUGUAAGACAUAAAAAAAGUGGUAGUGUUUAUUUAAUUAUUGUAACAAGGAAGUAGUAAGACUAUACGCGAAAACAAUGUUGGCGCUUAAAAAUUAUGAUCAAAAUAGAUAAUUGAUAUGCCCUGGCCCUGGAUUCGGCGAGUCGUCAUUUCCAGCUCCAAUUGUUUUUUAGGGCCUCUUAUGAGACAUCUCACUCAUUCUUGCAGGCACAAAAUCUUUAUAUAUUGUAUUGAAGGAUCCAAUUCUCCAUCAACAUGACCUGAUCAAGUAAAAUCGUGUUGUGGGAUCGACAAGAGCUAUUUUAACUAUUUUGAAAAUUAAAAACCAAAAAUAUGCACAAGUUGGGAGCAGAACGAAUGGGAAGAAGGAAUACGAUCUAAGAAAUGAGAAUUGAAUAUUUGGCAACAACCUCGCUUAACAAUUUUGAUGUCUAUGUGGGAACUUUGAUUUAACAGCUGACUUAGAAAGUGCCACUCGGUUUGUAACCGCUUGAUAACAUCAGUCUGUUACCUAUCAAGCUGUUAAAUCUUUAUUGGUGAAUUUAGGUUUGAAUAGUGAACGACGUGACCGUCAGAACUGACAAAAGUUAAGGCUGCUAUCCACGCACAUGCAGUCGAUUGACAUUGCUUGUACAGACUAGGUCAGUCGACUUGCUUAAGAGUCUGUCGCGAAAGUCAAGGUUUGGCUUGCGUUAAAACAGAUAGCGGAUUUUCUUCAGGCUUUUGUCUGGAGGUAGCCGUAUUUUUCCAAAUGUUCAUUUGUCCAAAUCGUAUCGGGCGUCCGGGGCGGGAGAGAGGCCGGCAAAGCGUUUACGUGGUUAAAGCAUUUUCUUGGGUAGAGAAUAAUUAUGAUUUGUUUACAUUACAAUGUUUUUAAAAUACAUCUAUUUAAUAAUAUUUACAGUGACUCAGCUUAACAGAUCAGUUGCAUUUUAAUUAAUCAAAGAGCCAAACCUAUCAUAAAUGUCUUUGUUUAAAGGUUCUCAAUUAUUUUAAAUAAAUCAUUGCAGUCGUAGUAAAAUUGUAUUUAGGUACCUUUUACUCGGAAAAUUGCAUACGGCGAUUAUCACGAAUCAUGAAAGGUUAAUAAAUACGUGUGCCCAAUUGUUCUCACAGCUAAAAUUGUUGAUGAUUUUUAAAUUUAUUCAAUAAGCAAUAUGAUUUAUCAAUAUUUUUAUCCAAUACUUCAGCUGCGAUUAUUUUGAGGAUAUGGUUGUCAAUUAAAACAUUUUGGAUUAUGCUAAAAGUUAGUCAGCUAUUACCUAGCAUACCCAAGAAUCAAAAAGUAAAAGUUGUCUAAGUAGUUAUCAGGAUAAAAAGUAUGAAAAAAUUGAGAUUGCAUUAAAGCGCUUGUAUCUGUAUGUCUUCGUCGAAACCUCUCUCUUUAUUUGGAUAAAUGUUUCGGCCGCUUUCGGGUGCUCGUCGCCGGUGCCUCGGGUGAUUUGGACAAAGGCACAUAGCAUUUUUGGUUUUCCCUUUUCUCUGCAAGUUUGGGCGUGUGUAGCUAGUUCGGCCGAUUUCAGUUUAUUUUGAAAACAGCGUAUAUAAAUUAUCAUAAUUUUUAACAGAAUGGCUUCUGACAAGUUCCUAAUAUGACUGAAUGGAACUUGUCGCUCGAUUUCCUUUAGGAAUUUAUAAUAACUUAUUAAGGUAAUCCAUGCCUCUGACACGUGACAAGCAAAAAAAGGCGUUGCGUAUUAACAGCUUACAGAUAGAUCCUGAUGGAAUUAAAGAAAGUGUCAUUAAGAAAAUCAACUAUUCGUACGUUUUCGGAAGGAAUACCGCAAAGUUAUCGCAUCAAAAAAAUCAUUUAUGAAUAACCCUGUAUAUUCUCCAACAUUAUGGUUUUAUGACGACAUUCGGGGGUCAUUUUUGUGAUGUUAAUAAGGCCUCUUAUUUUUUGACGUCAAUUUGACGUGUUUUUCGGACCACUGACGAGUAGCGGCCACUGAUGACUUGACAAUGACAUCACUUUGACGAGCCUCUGCUACCUUGGUUUUUCUGUUGCAUUCCCAAAACACGGGUAGUUCCAUGUUUUUCAGUGUUUCUAAAUUUUUUGUACCUUACUUAAAGCUUGAAGUGCCAAAAUAUAAUAAAAAAAAUAGGGAACAAGAGUGUGAUUUGCUUAAAACGG